CAUGCAUGGCAUGGUUUACCGAUUGCCGGCUGUUAGUUAGUGUGUCAAUUUUCAGCGAUAAAAAGAAAGUGUAAAAUAAAUAAAAUUAAUAAUGUAUCAAAGAAUUCAAUAAUUAAAGUCAGUUGAUUUAGCUAUUGAAAAGUGGUUCAUUAUUAUUCAACUUCUGACGAUUAUUGUAUAGUUGUCAUACAAGAUGUGUCAGUUGAUGUUUUACAUCGUUUCAAUAUUUUCUGUUUUAAAAAGUGCGACUGGCUUAGGGGAAAUAAUUUACGCGAUCAAUGCAGGCGGUCCGUCCCACACGGACAUCUAUGGCAUACACUAUGAAAAGGACCCUCUACAAGGAAGAAUAGGCACGGCUUCUGAUUAUGGUAAACAACUGGUUAUGAUCGGUAGAGUUAACACAAAAGAUGAAAUAUUGUAUCAAACUGAGCGAUAUCACCACAGCACGUUUGGCUACGAUAUUCCUGCGAACAGAGACGGCGACUAUGUCCUUGUGCUUAAGUUCAGUGAAGUGUACUUCAAUGCCCCUAACAUGAAAGUAUUUGACGUGGUUUUAAACGGAGAUCAUACCAUUGUAGCGGACUUGGACAUUUUUGACAAAGUAGGUCGUGGUGUCGCACAUGACGAGUAUAUCCCUUACUCAAUUAAAAAUGGUAAAUUGUAUUACAAUGAGGAAGAGUCUGACAUAAGAGGUGGGAAAAUAAAGGUAGAAUUCAUUAAGGGAUACAGAGAUAAUCCUAAAAUCAAUGCAUUGUAUGUGAUGAGAGGCACAAUUGAUGAAGUGCCUAAACUGCCCCCAUUGGUGUGGCCAGAAAAUGAAACUGAAGAACCGAGAGAUGAAGUAGAAGAAAAGAGUUCUAAGUCAAAGCGUGCCAGUGGCCCUAAACAACCUGAUCCAUACUCUAUGGACGAGAGUUCAGUGCUGAUCCCAGUUUUUAUAACUAUAGGUGCUUUCAUUCCACUUUUAUUCUGCCUCUGUAAACUAUAAUCUGUGCGAUUAUACUUUAAUACUGUAAUAUAAUAUAAUUUUGGUGUGAUUGUAUGCUGUUUAGUAUAUAUUUAUUUAUUGUGGGUAUUAUUUCAUUUCAAUAACUUUUAUUGACAUUAUUUUAAAGCACUUGAUAUCAAAGCUCAACGGUGAUAGUACAAAGCCAACAAAUGCAAAAUACUAGUACCCGUCCCAUGUUGAAAUAUUAAUAAUAUUCUACAUUAUGCGCACACAUUAUGUGCUGAUCAUAUGCACUUUAUGUAAAUAAAUAACUUGAGUUUAUUUUGCAACACAUGUUUUCUUCCUUAAUCAACCUCGUGUACUGUUACAUUCCCUAUUUUAAUAAUAAUAAUUAAUUAAUUUUGUGUGCCUGUAUGAAAAAGUAAUUUCUUUAACAUUGUGUACCAUGUUCUAAUGUUGCAACAUUAAAACUUAUAUUUGUUUCAAUAGUAUAAAUUGUUGACUUUUUGGGAGAAAAUGGUGAUAAAAUCUUGUUUGUGUUGGAUUGAUGAAAUAAAUUACAACUAUAAAUAAAAAAAAUAUUAUUUUUAUUGUUGACAGUCUCACAUAUUGGUAGUGUUAUUUUCUACAUUAUAAAUAACAUUAAUCCAUCCAAGGAAAAUUUAUGAGUCUUAAAAGUAUUUCUAAUUAAUACCUUACUUUUAGAAGACUUUAGAGACUAUAAAGACACUCCUAAGGUGUCGCGGAGAACCUAACGGGUAACCGGGGCUCCGGCUCGACGUGCAGGAGAAGGAACGGGGUGG